UGGGCGAGGGCUUUGGACCAAGAGCCAAGCAGAAAAUAGCAAAGGCGCCUGCCUAUAGGACGUGGAAAGGAGACGAAAGGCAAUCAAAACAGCUUUGUCGACAUUCAGAAAGCAGGAUUUGGUGUCCUCAUCGGUCAGAUAUAUCUUCGUUACACUGUGUACACAUUUCAACGCAGAUAGUUUGACGUCGAUUACACUGAAGAUCCUAUCUGCUGUCUAAAACUGGAUCAAACUCUUCCUCCUCCAGCUCUGAUGGGAAUGUUAGUUUGCUGACUGCUGCGGCCCUUGUCAUUGUCAUCGUUAUAUGUGUUUGCUGUGGGGGAGGAACAGAAAGAAAGGCCAGCACUCCCUCAUUCCAUGCAAGUAACCUUUCAACUCCUCACAGUCUUGAAGCAACAACAAGCACAACUCUAGAGCUCCGACAGAGAGGACGGAGAAACAGAGGAGGAGGAGGAAAGGGCAGGAGUUCUUAGAGAGGUUGUGUCUCUGGAAUGCCUGGCUCAGGAUGCAGCCGCUGAGCAGUCCACUCCUUUCAGGAGCCAAGGGGAGGCGUGAUUGGCCGCUGGCCUUAUCUGGGUGGAGCUGUAGGAGGGAUAUUACUUAUUCAUUGGCACGUUCUGCAAGGCCCCUCCCACCUCACUGACGCUCUGCCCUUGGCCCCUGUUAGCUGCCUGUGUAUCUGGGAAUGCUGUUGUUGCAUCAGAGGGGCAGUGUUGGAGUUGGCCGAACUCGGGGGCUAAGGUCAGGGUCAAGAUUCAAGGGUCAACACAACUCAGAAGCUGCAGGGGUGGAUGUGGAAGGACCUGAAGCCAAGCUGCAGGCACCAACAGGCAUGUAGAAGCUGUAUGCACUGUGGAAAUCAGCUUGUUCUAACUCCACACCUGACCCCUGGAAACUAAAGCCUUUCAUCUAUGAGACGGGAAGCUUACUUUCACUUCCACAGCCUUGUUGCACUUGUUCAGACAUCCUAGAACUCUCUGGAGCUAGUGUCUUUAUUAUUUAACACUGCACAACUUCCCCUGAAACAAUCACCCAGCACAAACAAAGUCACUAUGCGUCACAUCCACGUGGAACUGGCUCGUAAAGAGCCGGCCGUUGAGCUUCCAGCCCAGGACGGGGAUCUACCUCUGCCUAGCACUCGGAGCGAGAGCCCUGAAUCUGAAGUACGGCGAGCCGUUCCCAGACCAUUUGGAGAAGAAGAGAUCAGGCUACAGAAGGUCUACCAGCUAUCCAUCCUCUCCCAAAGAGGUGGUUUCGGGGAAAGUCAAGAGACUCUUCGGCCUGUCCGAGUAGGUAUGAAACGUAGCCUGAAGGGGAUGCCGGUUCCUGUCGCCCAUAAGCGUCUUUUCCAACAGGAUGAGGAUGACGAUGAUGAUGAGUCCGAUGGGGAGGUGUUGUGUGGCUCUGGGGUGGAACCACUUUUUUCCAACUCGCUCCUUGAGCACAGAGACUCAGAAAUCCCUAGGUCGCCUCCCCUUUCCCCUUCGCAUCCACUGAUUCCUGGUCGCCGGCCAGCCCAGCACAACCACGACAGGCCCGUCCCGGAUGCCUUCGCCCCGCUGUCCCCAAAAUCUCCAAAAUCUCCCCCUAUGGUGGACCCACAGGGCCCUCACUCCACCAGGGGCCACUGUGAGGGAAGUCCUCCCACCCUUACUCCCAGAACCGAGGCCUCCACAGCAGGAAACAUCCCGGCUGGCUCCAGCGAUGAGCCAAGGGACGAAGGCCAUAACUCUGUUGAUGUCAAGGGCUUGUUGUGCGCCACAGAGAGCAGUUGGGCGCCUGUCCCGUUUUCAACACCAGCUGAAGCUGUCGAAUGGGGGACAACUUUUGAAUCUUCUCCACCACCGGCAGAGACGAAGACCUCCUCCUCUAACAGACUGAGCUCUCUUGAGAAAACACCAGUGGAAGCAAAUGGCCUGGUAUCAGGAUCAUCCAAUUCCUGUCCAGUGAAGAAAAGACUUCUCUCCUCCAGUGAUACAGGAGAGUCCUGCUCAGAGGAUGAGGGUCCAUCUACAUCAAAACGCAGUCGGCUGGCACUGUUGGCACCGGGGCUCGGAUUAGCAUCCUGUCGCAGCACUGAUGCCAAGGGUGCACCCUUCUGGAACCAUCUACUGCCCUCAGCAAGAGAGCACACCAAGCACAAUAAGCAGUGGGACUCCAGAACAAAGCCCAUUGACGGAGCCAUUGUUCAAGAGACUGCUACAGACUGUUCACGAUCCGGGAGAAGGCUCAAAGUGGGGAGUCGACUCAAAUCUCGACGGUUACGCAGUGGACGCCGAACAGACACCAGUCGCUCCUGUAGUCCAAUCUCCUCUUUAUCCUCCAUUAGCAGACCUCUUCUUGGCAACUUUGAGGAGUCGAUUCUGAAGGGUCGUUUUACUCCAUCUGGGCGGAUAGAGGGCUUCACAGCAGAGAUCGGUGCUAGCGGCUCCUAUUGCCCGCAGCAUGCCACCUUACCUGUGCAAGUGACUUAUUAUGACACCUCAGAGCACAGCGCCCCUUCUCCCUUCCUGGGGGUGAUCUUGCUAGAACCACUUGGAAAAAAAGGAUACAGCGUACCCAAAGCAGGGACCAUUCAAGUGACCUUAUUUAACCCCAAUAAGACUGUGGUUAAAAUGUUUUUGGUGACAUAUAAUUUUGGGGACAUGCCCGUCAAUCACAUGACCUUCUUGCGCCAUCGUAUCUUCCUGGUGCCUGUGGAUGAGGCGGAGGGGUCAGGGGAGGGGCAGGAGGGCUCACUUUCUGACAGGAAGAAGAUUCUCUGCUACUUGAUACACCUCAGAUUCCAGAGUUCCAAAUCUGGGAAAAUCUACUUGCACAAUGAUAUCCGGCUGCUAUUCUCCCGCAAGUCCAUCGAGGUGGACACUGGGAUUCCUUACGAGCUGAAAUCUUUCACCGAGGUGCCAAGAAACCCCAAAUACUCCCCCAGAGUGUGAGAUCGGGAUGCCCUGCAGCAGUGGGGCAGAAGGACUGCAUUAAUAAAGAUCGCAAGACAAGAGACCCCUAUACACUUGAACACAGACACACUUGCACUCAUACAUGCAUACGCAGACAGAUGUAUGUACAUACACACAGAUAUCACAACCUCUUGAGGGCCAGCUCUAGAACUGAGUGUGUAACAUGCAUGCCUUGUGACUUAAUUGAGUUUUCCUCUAGUGCCGUUAAACAGUUAAGCUUUGCCCUUCACUCUGCCUGCACCUGCCCAUUGUGGACCAGUUGUAACCAUGCCCACCAACCCGCUCUAUUCUAAAAUGCUGGUAACCAUCAGUAGAUACGGACUUCCUCGAUCAAAGAGGACUGAGUGGAUGUACAAAGAGGUGUUGAAUGAGACCAACAAAUGGAAAAAGAGACUUCUGAGGACCAGAUUGGAGUUUCAAGAAUGGACACCACCUGUAACUUGCCUAUUGGAGGGGAUAAGAAAGUUCUAGAAAGAAAGAGACCAGUGUAACAGAGGACUGAAAGGACAUCCAUUCAGUAUCGGCAUUGUAUUCGUAAAGCAUGGGGCGUAAACGGGAGAAUAGCUCAUUAUUUUGGACGGGCAGUUUGGAGGACAUUGCUGUUCCAACUUCUUCUUCUGAACAGUCCGACAUCAGAGCAGAAAACAAACUGUAGUAUUUAUGUUCGCAAAUGUCUUAAAAAAAAG